AAUCCUUGUUUUCUUUCUCCUCUCAAAUCUCUCUCUCUCUCUCUCUCUCUCUCUCUCUCUCCAAUACGAUGCGCUUUGACUGAUUGAUGUCUCACCCAAAGCGCUCGACCUGUAACAACAGCAGCAGCAGCAGUAGCCCUUUCUCUGUCAUGAAGAAAGCCAAAUCCCAGCCCCUUGCAUUCUCCACGGAAUCCAAGAACGGCCUUCAGCGCAUCAGCAACGAUGACGACAACGCCCAACCCAUGCUUGUUGACGACGAUCUCAAGGCCGAGGCCGCGGACGCAUCCUCCAUCGCCUUCGGCAUCGUUGGCUGCAGCAGAAACCCCACCACCGGCGUUGCCGCCAAUCUCUCGAGGAAGAAGGCUACCCCUCCCCAGCCCGCGAAGAAACUCGUCAUCAAGCUCACCAAAGAUAAACCCAAGCUGCCAACAAAUUUUGAAGAAGAUACAUGGACAACCUUGAAGUCGGCUAUUAAUGCUAUAUUCUUGAAGCAACCAGAUCCUUGUGACUCUGAGAAGCUUUAUCAGGCUGUUAGUGACCUUUGUCUGCACAAGAUGGGUGGAAAUCUUUAUAAACGAAUUCAGCAGGAAUGUGAAGCAUACAUAUCUGCAACUCUACAGGCAUUAGUUGGCCAAAGCCCAGAUUUAGUGGUUUUCUUAUCACUGGUGGAGAAAUGCUGGCAGGAUCUUUGUGACCAGAUGUUGAUGAUUCGUGGUAUAGCUUUAUAUCUUGACAGAACGUAUGUCAAGCAAACCCCAAAUGUUAGGUCGUUGUGGGACAUGGGGUUGCAGCUAUUCUGCAAACAUCUCUCUUUAUCUCCAGAAGUUGAACACAAGACUGUCACCGGCCUUUUAAGAUUGAUCGAGAGGGAGAGAUUAGGUGAAGCUAUCGAUAGGACUCUGGUUAACCAUCUCCUGAAGAUGUUUACUGCUCUAGGAACCUACACAGAAAGCUUUGAGAAGCCUUUUCUUGAGUGCACAUCUGAAUUUUAUGCUGCUGAGGGUGUGAAGUACAUGCAGCAAUCAGAUGUUCCUGAUUAUUUGAAACAUGCUGAGUUAAGGUUGCAUGAAGAACAUGAAAGAUGCUUACUCUACCUGGAUCCAAGUACGCGGAAGCCCCUGGUGGCAACUGCAGAGAGGCAACUUCUUGACCGCCAUAUAUCUGCCAUACUUGAUAAGGGGUUCACAUUGCUUAUGGAUGCAAAUCGCAUUGAGGACCUUCAGAGAAUGUAUGUUCUGUUUUCAAGAGUUAAUGCUCUCGAAUCACUACGUCAGGCCCUUAGCUCAUACAUUCGAGGGACUGGGCAGGGUAUUGUCAUGGAUGAAGAGAAAGACAGAGAUUUGGUUUCCUGUCUCUUGGAGUUUAAGGCCUCUCUUGACACAAUCUGGGAAGAAAGCUUCAGCAGAAACGAAGCAUUUUCCAACACCAUAAAAGAUGCAUUUGAGCAUCUCAUUAAUCUUCGUCAGAACCGACCUGCUGAGCUGAUCGCUAAGUUUCUAGAUGAGAAGCUUCGUGCUGGUAACAAGGGUACUUCUGAAGAGGAGUUGGAGGGUACACUGGAUAAAGUUUUGGUCUUAUUUAGAUUUAUCCAAGGUAAAGAUGUGUUUGAAGCAUUCUACAAGAAGGAUCUUGCUAAGAGGUUGCUGCUGGGAAAGAGUGCAUCUAUUGAUGCUGAGAAGUCGAUGAUUUCUAAGCUCAAGACUGAAUGCGGGAGCCAGUUUACAAAUAAGCUCGAAGGAAUGUUCAAGGACAUUGAAUUGUCUAAAGAGAUUAACGAGUCCUUCAAACAGUCAUCCCAAGCAAGGACGAAACUCCCAUCGGGAAUUGAGAUGAGCGUCCAUGUCCUAACAACUGGGUACUGGCCUACAUAUCCACCCAUGGAUGUUCGGCUGCCUCAUGAACUGAACGUUUAUCAGGACAUUUUCAAAGAGUUCUAUUUGAGCAAGUAUAGUGGGAGGCGUUUGAUGUGGCAAAAUUCGUUAGGUCACUGUGUAUUGAAAGCCGAGUUCCCAAAAGGUAAAAAGGAGUUGGCAGUGUCGCUGUUCCAGACUGUUGUUUUGAUGCUGUUUAAUGAUGCCCAAAAGCUUAGUUUUCAAGAUAUCAAGGACUCUACUGGCAUCGAGGAUAAGGAGCUGAGGAGGACUUUGCAGUCGCUUGCGUGUGGCAAAGUUCGUGUACUUCAAAAGUUCCCUAAAGGGAGAGAAGUGGAGGAUGAGGACUCAUUUGUGUUCAAUGAAGAAUUCAGUGCUCCACUCUACCGCAUAAAGGUAAAUGCCAUCCAGAUGAAGGAGACAGUCGAAGAGAAUGCAAGCACCACGGAACGAGUUUUCCAGGAUCGGCAGUAUCAGGUUGAUGCUGCAAUUGUUCGCAUAAUGAAGACUAGGAAAGUACUGAGUCAUACACUCUUGAUAACUGAGCUUUUUCAACAGCUCAAGUUUCCAAUAAAGCCAGCGGAUUUGAAGAAAAGGAUCGAAAGCCUCAUAGACAGGGAGUACCUGGAGCGGGACAAGAGCAAUCCACAGAUAUACAACUACCUGGCUUAAAUGGUCACCUCUCUCCAUUGAUGGACAGGAUGAAUGGAUUGCGCAAGGAAACUGCCUUUUCCCAGCACCCUGCUCAAAUGAGGCUGGUCUGAUGCUCGGCGUGCUCUUGUUAGAGCAAAUGUACAGGAACCAUGCCUAUUUGUUUCAUACAGUUCAACACUGUAAAGUAUCAUCUUUCAUCACCUGUAUUUCUUUCCAUUUCUUGUAUGGACUGCACCGUUGUGAAAUGCAAAAGAUAAAUGAACGGAAUGCUCCUUCAAAUCGAAGGUUAUGCUCUCAUUUAAAACAAUGCCGUCAUUGUGCAUAAUGACUGGACCACAUGGAAUUUUUGUUGUAACAACAGUUGAAGAUCCAACCAUGGUAAAUAGGUAUGGUCAACAUGUUAGACCACUGCAGUA